AUGUAUGCCGUCUUAAAUAAUGAACAACUAUUAAUUAAUAUUAAUUCUACAUACGUCACAAAUGGAUCAUCAUCGUUUAUUCAAUUUUUUGAUACUAAUCACCAACUUAUUCCUAUGAGCAUUUAUACGAAUCAGAAUAAUACACUAUAUUCAAAAACGGAAAAUUUCACAUCUCCUAUCAAGAGUAGUUUAUGCGAAUUCGACAACAUAUUAACAGAAUUUGAUUUAUUUAUUACAACAGUAUCAUCAGCUCCUUGUACAAAUUCUUCACAAUUUCGUUGUUUAUCAAAUCAUUGUAUCAAUUCAGAUUUAUAUUGUGACGGUAUUCGAUCGUGUGACGAUGGCUCAGAUGAAACAAAUGAUUGUCUAAAACAAGUCUCAUCAGCUCGCACCAAAUCAUCAAAAUUGAUAUCGAGAAAAUUUAGUGGUUCAUUAGUGAAAAUAUCAAUUGUUUUGGGUUUAUUAUUGAUCAUCGCAUCGGUUGUCAUCGGUUUAACAUUUGUUUAUUUACAACGUAAACGUAAACAACGACAUUUUACGUAUUCCAUAGAUAAUUCAGAAGAUUGGGAUUAUCAUCUUUUCGAUAACAGACGAGAGCCAGCAGAAACAUUACCAAUAACAAACAGAAUAUUUUAA